AUGUCGAAUACAACAAUUAUUUGUAUUCAACUAAUCAUUCUGAUCAGUAACGUUAUAUUUAUUCGUUUAACAAUUGCUAUUAAUCAGUGUGAUUUAUCAAGUUCUAUUAAUUUACAAUGGGCUACAUAUAGUCAUUCAUUAAUUUUACGUGUUCAACCAAUGAAGUUAUCUGAACAAAGUUAUACAAAAAAUAUGACUAUUGUUAGAAAAGUUCUUGCACGUGAAAUUAUCAAAAUGUCAAGAAUUGAUCGAUAUCAAGAUCAAAUAGUCAAAAUAAAUGAUAUUGUCAUAAUAAAAAUUAAUGAUAACGAUAACGAAUUUCUUGAUGAUUCAUGUUGGCAUUACCUUCGUAUAUCAACAGUGGAUAUUAUUCUUUUUCUUAAUGAAACUAAUACUAAUGAAUUCAAUUUACAUUAUCCACCAGUUGAAUCAACACAUCGUGUACGACAACAUAUUGAGGCCGUCCUCAGUCAUGAAACAUAUCCACCCAAAGUUCUAAUAAAAACUCGUAUAGAUAAAGCAAUUGUAUCAAAAGAUUAUUUUCUUCAGUGCAAUUCACGUGGUAAUCCAUUACCUCGUUUAUUAUGGAGUAAAAAAAAUGAUAGAAACAGUACAUUACACUAUUAUCCAAUACAUAGACAAUGUAAAACAUCAUGUCGAAUUUAUUCAAUACAGCAUAAAUAUCAAUCAUUUUUAUAUUUUCGAUCAUUAACAUUUGAUGAUAUUGGAAUUUAUAUUUGUCAUGCAGAAAAUCCAAUGAAUCGUACAACGACUAGUGUUUAUUUAAAUAUUAAUUCUUAUCAUCAAUCAAAUAUUAAUCUGACAUGUUCCAGUUUAAAAUAUUGUCAUAAUCAUGGACAAUGUAUAUUUAUUAAUAAUCAAAUGAAAUGUGUAUGUGACAAUCAAUAUUUCGGUGAACAAUGUGAAACAAAUUAUGAUGAUAUUAUAAAAAAACAAGAUUCUGCUAUUCUUUUAUUUCAAUCUCGAUUUUUGGCUGGUUGUAUUCUUUUUUCUGUUGGAUUUUUACUUCUAUUAAUUGCAAUUAUAUCUUGGUUUCUUGCAAGAAAUAAUAGACGACAACAAAAGAAAUUGAAAAAGAAAUUAUUAUUUAAAAAAUCAGUUGAAAAACCACUUAUUAUACCUACUAAAGAAACCAAUCUUUCAACAGAACUUAAUGGUACCAUUCCAUCAUCUACUUCGAUUGAACAAAUAAAUAAACCUUUUACUCCUUCUCCUCCUCCUCUUCCUCCUUCAGCUAGUGUUCACAUUAGUCAUAUACCCAUGUUAGAAAAAAAACCAUUAAUACAUUCUUUUAUUCGACGGACAAAUGUGCCAGCAGCAUUAACAAGAGAAUCAUCAACUGCAACAGAUGAUGAUGAUGAUGGUGGUGAUGGAAUAAAUGGUUUUCUACGUCAUUAUCAAACGUUACCACCUGUACCAACUAAAAUCGAUGAAGAAUAUGAAGAACGUUUUUCUUUAAAAAUGAAUAAAUCAGAAGAACUCGGUCUUGGAUAUUUAACAAAUGGAAUAAAUAAUAGUGACCUUGUACUUUCACAUAGUUAUGCUGAUAUUUAUCAACCAGAUCAUCAAACAGGUUUAAUUAAACCAUUACAUAUUCGAAAAGAUCCACCACAACGGUAUACAAAAUAUGUUUCAUCAUAUAGUAAAUUUGUUUUACCUCGACCAAUUAAAUCAUCGUCAUUAGAAUAUCAACAAUGA